ACACUUACAAAGCAUUUCUUUGUCUCCUGUCUUCCCCACUUGUUCUGCUUGCCUCGUUUUGCCCUGCCAUCUGGGGAGAGCGAUAUGUGCAGGGCACCAAGGACAUAUAGGGAGGCUCUGUGCAUACCAAAGUUAAUCUAUUGACGCAGACUGUGGUGACAGUCGCUAGGCAAAUGAUACGAAAAGUACGGACAGGGGCGGGGGCUGCUUGUAGAAGGGGUAUAAGACAAACAUGAACAACAAGGAAGUCGAACUCUGUGGAGGUUACGGUGCGUCGCAGAGUUCCCAGAUCGAUCUGUUGGAAUAAAAGUUUAUUGGACAACACAUCCACACCUCUGGGUGAUCUCUUCUCAUCUAUGGACCCAGUGGAGUCGGCGUACUCCAACAAUUUGGGGGCUCGUCUGGGAUGAGAUAGAGGUCGGCAUUCGGCAAAUACCAGACGAGAUCUGAGUGGGCACGGAAGGCUGCAGGCGCCACUAAUAAAAGGUAAGCAGAGCCUGUUAUAUUAAAAUCUGCAUAUUGGCUAUAUUAAAUAAAGUAGUCCGAAGUGUCCAUCAGAGGCGUCAGUAAAUUGAGGCGGCAGAUGUUUUGAUUUUAUUGUUUUGGGUUAGAAGCCCGGGGACCGAGGUCCCCGAAUCCUGAAAAGAGUAAGGACUAAUACUAUGUUGGGUUGUACGUAUUGGUGGUGUGUGUUAGUUGGACAUUCCAUCUGUAAAAAGCGGUGUAGAAAGUGUGGAUUAACCCUAGCCCCAAGUGUAUGGUUUUGCAAAGAGAGACGGACGAGGCAGAAUGGACAGGGAAUUUCAUAGGGAAGUGGACGACGGGGGCCGGGCGCCCCCAGUCGAAAAAGGGGCAUGGAAGCCACUAUCAAGGCAAAUGCAAGUCGUAGUGGUGUCAAAGGCAGCAAAGGAGAAGGAGAGAGAUAGGGCGGUAGCCACAGAAAAAUACAGGAUGUGUACUGUGUUUCGGGGCACGGGGUAUAAGCCAGAAGAUAGACAGUCCUUGGGCGAGUUACUGAGGUAAAAAAAAAAGGGAGCACGCUAGUCAUAGGGACGAGGCGGCUAAACAGAGGCAUCAGGACAGGAUAAUGAGGAAAAAAGGAGCGGGGGCGGAAGGCAGACAGGACCAGGUGGCAUUGGAAGCUCAAGUAAGGAGAGAGCAGUUAGAGGAACAAGGGUAAGUAGAGUCGCCCGGUCGACGGGUAGGGAACAAAGCACAGGGCCCUCGCAGACCAGGUAGAGGAGCGGUUGGCCAGAAUGGAAGCAGCACUACAACGGGAAACCUCACUCUUAGCGGAAAGGGUGAGGGUUCAGGGGAGCGAUGAAGAGGGAGAGAGCGAGAGGGAGUGUCAUUACAAAGUCUCUAGGCCCCCAAAGCAUCAACUACCUCUGCUAAGACGGACGGGCCAAACGCAGGAUAAAUAUAGACCUUUCCCGAUAGGAGACGUGAAGGCACUGGCUGAUAAAAUGCCGCCCCCAGCAGAAGGAGGAGGACAGUGGAUGGAUAAGCUAGACCAGCUCACUCAGGGGAACAGUGUUGGCACUGGUACAGGAAGGGGUACAGCGAUAAUGGUUCCGGCGGGCUGUAAUGGAAGGGGUUCCAGAGGGGGUGCGGGCUGCGAUCCUGGACAACCCAGACUUACCGGGUGCGGACUCCCACUUGUGGGAUAGGCAUGUGAUACAUCACCUACAGUGGGCCAAGGACGAGGCAGGGAAGGAGGAGAGUGACAUUAAAGAGUACCAAACCCAAAUGCUGAAGUUGCAGGUGGGGGAGGCUAAGCAGAAGGCCAACGAAAAUAAAAAGAGGGGGGCUGGGAAGCAGAUGGUGGCAGAGGCGACCACAGGGGGCCCACCCCCACAACCCACUCUAGGCAAGUGGGGAGAAACGUACCCCGCUCCACCCUGCCAAUACGGCGGGUGGGCACCCAAUUGGGGGAGAGGUCUGGGUCAGGGUUUGAGAGGCCGAGGUUGGGGAAGGGGCACUCCGCAGAGAGGACAGCCAUGGGGAGGCACCUGCUACCGGUGUGGGAACUUCGGGCACUGGGCCAAACACUGCCCGGACCCCAGCCCGAUGAGGGGCAGAGGCCGUGGGCCCCCCCCCCAGGGGACACAUGGCGGCCCCCAACUCACAAGCCGCACCCCAGACAGGAGGCCAAUACCCGGCUCUAGAUGGCGGAGAGUGGGAAUAUUUCUCCCUCCCCCAAUGACACACCCCAAGAAAGGCCCGGGACAGAGGAGAGGCAGAUCCUAUGCUGUCCCUCGUGGUCAUGGACAAAGAACUGCCAUUUCUGGUGGACACUGGAGCCACACAUUCCACUCUGAACAUGGUUCCGAAGGACGAUCAAGUGUCCACCUCCACAGUGACCGUGGUGGGCUUCUCCGGGGAGGAACUGCCAGUAACGAAACCAGUGAAGGUUUUGAUUGGAAAACAGACUUUCCUGCAUUCCGUUUCUGAUCUCGCCUACAGUCCCAGUCAACCUGUUGGGGAGAGACGUCUUGGUGAGCAGGGGGCCUCCAUACUGUAUAGCGCGGAUGGCCUGGUGGUGACACUGCCAGAAGGCACCCGGCUGCAGUGCGGGACUCAAUACCAGGGCAGGGGUCAGUGGCUCAUGCAGCCGGUGCGACCACGUGCUGCAGACAUCUACUGGGGCCUGCUGGAGCCUGGCUAUGCGGGCAUCCUCGGGGCCUACUCGAUGUGGAGGCCCUGGAUCUCACUCCUCGAGCCCUACAAUUUCUCCCGCCAGGUCCAAGAGGGGCAGUCACCAGCAGGCACCGGCAAGCCGCACAUGGCGGAGUGGGUCUUCCUGAGGGUCAUCAAGAGGAAGUGGUCAGAGCCCCGGUGGACUGGCCCCUUCCAAGUCACCGAGAGGACUUCCUACGCAGUGCAGCUGAAAGGGAAAGGAGACACGUGGUUCCACUGGAGCCAGUGUGCCGUGAUGCAGGAGCCAGGUAGAUCCGUAGCUGAGAUCCAGGAGGAGCUCGCUGGGAGAGCACAGAGUUCUUAUUCGGAGGAACCAGAACGAACUCAGGUCUCCAAAAAGGGGCAGAAUAAUCCCCUGACCUGAGAGGAUCGGCAGGGUAGUCUACCCCUGUCCGGCAGAAGAAGCAGAAGGCCCCGUCUGAAAUCACGCCACCGAGACCAGGAUGUGGACUCCUGGAGUCCAGGACGUCCUGGAGAACCAUUGCCUCCCACAUGCAAGAAGGGUCUAUGGGAACAGCUUUAUGUUGCAAGAUGACAAUGCAGGAGCACAUUCGGCAGCUGCAGUGAGAGUAUUUCCUGAUGCAGAGGUGGUGCAGCAGAUGCCAUGGCCUGUUUGCUCCCCUCAUAUGAACCCCUAUCGAGCAUGCCUGGGAUGGCUUAGGCUGAGCCCUUAAUGAGAGGGACAAUAUUCCUCAGAAUCUACAUGAAUUAGCCCAUGAUCUGACUGAAGAGUGGGACGCCCUGCCCAUUGAUAGCAUCAACAAGCUUGUGGACAGUAUGCCACAACAUCUUAACGCAUUGGUCCGUGUCAGGGGUGGCCAUACUCAAUUUUAGUGACUGAGUGACAUUUGAAAGAGUAAUAUUGAACAUUAUUAUGCAUGAAAUCCCCUUGAAUAUAUGUUUCCUGUUAAAGUGACCAAGGUUGAAAAAUAAGUCCUUAAUGUUGUUGUUCAAUACCCCCAAUUUUGUUUAAGCUUGAAUACACAGUUUUCAAAGCUUGGUUUGAAAACUGUGGUUUAAUUUUCAGUAUGAUUUGUUUGGAAUAGUUUGAUCAAUUACAGUAAGGAAAAUAAUUUUUUGACCCCCAACUGAAUUCUUAAGUUGACCCAUAAUUAAAGAAUAAAAUGAGAAGUCUGUAAUUUCA